AAAUCAUAAAAUCAUUGCAUUUUAGUAUUAAGUUUAUUAAGCAAACAGUCAGUCAAUCAAUCAGUCAGUUAGUAUAUACCCUAUCAUACAUUAGUUAUAUAUAUUAAAUAUAUUAUAUUAAUUUAAUAAUAAAAUAAUUCAAUAAUGAAAUUGACAUUGGUAAUCCUGCUAAUCGGUACACUGGCCAUAAUGACGUCAAUGGCCAGACCGGCCGAAGACCCGUCGGCCGCCGCCAACAACAACGAAGAAGUUAGAUCCCAGGCCGACGCUACUGCCGAUUCGGAUAACGACAGCCAAUCAAAUGCCAGUUCCGAUUCGGGUACGGGAUCUAUAUCCAAGUCCGGAUCAAAAGCCGAUAACAAAGGUCUGGCCAAUUCGGCCUCACGUGCCUAUAGUAACUCCUCUUCAAAUGCAUUGGCCAAAGCCGACGGCAAGGGUGUCCGCGCACCGAAACCAGCGCCAGUAGUUUCGACGGCAGCCCCGCUUUCAGUUAAUACACAACAACAACAACAACAACAUAACAAUAAAAUGCAUGUCUCAAUAGUGGCACUGUUGGUCAUCGGGACAGUUAUCCUAGCGGAUGCCCGACCCCAACAACAACAACCAAACAGUGGCGCCGCCGCAGCUCCCGCCGUCGGAGCACCCGCCGCUGGCGCCCCCGGAGCUCCCGUCGCCGGAGCCCCAGCUGCCGGUGCUCACGCUGGCGCACCCGGAGCUCCCGCUGUCGGAGCCCCCGCUGUCGGUGCUCCCGCUGGCGCCCCUGCCGGAGCUCCCGCCGCCAACAGCGAAGAGUCAAGCAAAUGCCAAUUCGGAAUCAGGUUCGGGAUCCAUAUCCAGAUCGGGAUCGAAAGCCGACAACAAAGGUCUGGCCAAUUCGGCUUCGCGUGCGUUCAGCAAUUCGUCGUCCAAUGCCGUAGCCAAGGCCGACGGUCUGGGCGUACGACAGCCGAAAGCGGCAGCACCGGGAGCAGCAGCACCGGCAGCUCCAGGAGCAGCAGCAGCACCGGGAGCAGCAGCACCUGGAUCAGCAGCACCCGCAGCAUCAGCACCGGGAUCAGCAGCACCAGGAGCAUCAGCAGCACCGGGAGCAUCAGCAGCACCAGGAGCAUCAGCAGCACCAGGAGCAUCAGCAGCACCUGGAUCAGUAGCAGCACCGGAAGCAUCAGCAGCACCGGUAGUAGCACCGAAGGCAGUAUCAAAGUAAACACUGCUAAAACAAUCAGUCAAAAAAAAAUUCAAUCCCCUUAUUAUGAUUGUCAUACUAUCAUAGAUAGUCUAUUACCUUCAACAAAAAAAAAACCAACCAAACCAACCCAAACAUAUAAAAUGCAAUUAUCAUUGUUGGCACUGUUGAUUGUGGGAACUACCGUCAGUCUAUCGGAGGUAUCGGCCCGACCCCAGGUGGCCAACAACAAUCCAUCAGCUCCCGGUGCUCCCAAUGGUACUCACGGUGGUGCUCCCAGUGGUGCUGCCGGUGGUGCUCCCGGUGCUCCCGGUUCGCAAUCAAACAACAACGAUGAGGUCAAAUCGCAGGCCGAUUCGACAUCGGAUUCGGAUAACGAUAGCCAAGCAAAUGCCAGUUCGGAUUCAGGUUCGGGAUCGCUGUCCAAAUCGGGAUCGAAAGCCGACAAUAAAGGUCUGGCCAAUUCGGUAGCCCGAGCCUAUAGUAAUUCGUCGUCCAGUGCCCUAUCGAAAGCCGACGGUCAAGGUGUUAGGCCACCGAAAGCUCAGGCUCAGGGACCGGCCAAUCCAGCCGAUAACUUGGCCAGCCAGGCCAAGCCAGCCGUACCAGUUAUUGGACAGGCACCGUCCGCACCGGUUAUCUCGCAGCAACCGUCAGCGCCGGUAAUAUCUCAGAGACCGUCAGCGCCGGUAAUCUCACAGCAACCGUCGGCACCCGUUAUCUCACAGCAACCGUCGGCACCCGUUAUUUCACAGCAACCGUCGGCACCCGUUAUCUCACAGCAACCGUCGGCACCCGUUAUCUCACACCAGCCGUCAGCACCGGUAAUCUCACAGCAACCGUCGGCACCCGUUAUCUCUCAGCAACCGUCAGCGCCGGUAGUCUCUCAGCAACCGUCGGCACCAUUUAUUUCGCAACAGCCAUCGGCACCGGUAAUCUCACAACAACCUCAGGCACCGGUUAUUGUCCAGCAACCGUCGGCACCUGUUAUAGCAGUUUCAGCCGCUGUACCCGAACUGCCUGGUAGAGCGACACCUGCACCAGCUGUAGUACCAUCGGUAGAUGCUGUUUCAGGCGCACCAUCAGGAGCUGCAGUUACCGGAGCACCGGGAGCUGCUGUUUCAGGAUCACCAUCAGGAGCUGCUGUUACCGGAGCACCGGGAGCUGCUGUUUCAGGAUCACCAUCAGGAGCUGCUGUUACCGGAGCACCGGGAGCUGCUGUUUCAGGAGCACCAUCAGGAGCUGCUGUUACCGGAGCACCAGGAGCUGCUGUUUCAGGAGCACCAGGAGCUGCUGUUUCAGGAGCACCAUCAGGAGCAGCACCGGGAGCUGCUGUUUCAGGAUCACCAUCAGGAGCUGCUGUUACCGGAGCACCAGGAGCUGCUGUUUCUGGAUCACCAUCAGGAUCAGCACCAGGAGCUGCUGUUACUGGAGCACCGGGAGCUGCUGUUUCAGGAGCACCAUCAGGAGCAGCACCAGGAGCUGCUGUUACUGGAGCACCAUCAGGAGCAGCACCAGGAGCUGCUGUUACUGGAACACCAUCAGGAGCAGCACCAGGAGCUGCUGUUACUGGAGCAUCAUCAGGAGCAGCACCAGGAGCUGCUGUUACUGGAGCACCAUCAGGAGCAGCACCAGGAGCUGCUGUUACUGGAGCACCAUCAGGAGCAGCACCAGGAGCUGCUGUUACUGGAGCACCAUCAGGAGCAGCACCAGGAGCUGCUGUUACUGGAGCACCAUCAGGAGCAGCACCGGGAGCUGCUGUUACUGGAGCACCAUCAGGAGCAGCACCGGGAGCUGCUGUUUCAGGAUCACCAUUAUAAGCAGCAUCUAGCACCUGGAGCUGUUUUAUUUUUGCUAUUAAUCUUA